UAGGAAAAACCCACACCCACUCUAUGUCUCAGGAAAAAGAUAUCGGCCUCGACAUCGAGAAGAAGAGUUUCACUUCGGCGGAUCACUCCAUUGAAGACACCGGAGAUGUCACUCACACCAAAUUGGGUUUUAUCAAUAAUUUGGCUUCUAGAUUGAAUGCCGAAACCAAAGGUGUUGAAAUCAUCACCGACGAAGAAAAGCACGAUGACUCGCUUUGGAACGCCGCUUCCAUGUGGUUUUCUGCCAAUUUUGUCAUUGCUACUUACGCUUUGGGAUGUCUUGGUGUCACGGUAUUUGGCUUGUGCUUCUGGCAAGCGGUAUUGCUGAUUCUUUUCUUCAACCUUUUGGGAGUGUUUGGAGUCGCUUACUUUUCUAUCUUCGGACCCAAGUUGGGUAUGAGACAAAUAUUGUUGUCCAAGUUCUUGGUGGGAAACAUCACCAUGAGAAUUUUUGCUUUUGUUAAUGUCAUUGCUUGUAUUGGUUGGGGUGCUGUGAACAUCAUGAGUUCAGCCCAGUUGAUCAACAUUGUCAACAACCAGGCUUGUCCUCCAUGGGCCGCUUGUAUCAUCAUCAUUGUGUGUACGAUUCUUGUUACUUUUUUCGGUUACAACGUCAUUCACCAGUACGAAAAAUGGUCCUGGGUACCCAACUUGGCGGUCUUCCUCGCCAUCAUCGCCAGAAUGACCAUGUCUAAGACCUUUACUUUCAAGGACAGCUAUGGUGGUGAGAUGGUUGGUGGUGCCACCACUGCUGGUAAUGUCUUGUCGUUUGGAGGUGCCAUCUUUGGUUUCGCAACCGGAUGGACUACCUACGCUUCCGAUUAUACCGUCUACCAACCAAGAGACGUGAACUCUUACAAGAUCUUUGCGUGGGUUAUUGCCGGAUUGUACAUUCCUUUGGUAUUCACCAUGGUUUUGGGAGCUGCUUGUGCUACAGGUACCAUCACCAAUACUAGAUGGGCCGAAUUGUACAACGAAUACUCCAUUGGAGGAUUGGUUUACGCCAUUUUGGUCGAAGAUUCUUUGCACAAGUUUGGAGAAUUUUUGUGUGUGCUUUUGGCCUUGUCUACCAUUGCCAAUAACGUACCAAACAUGUAUUCUAUUGCUUUAUCUGCCCAAGCUUUCUGGUCUCCUUUGAUCAAGGUUCCAAGAGUCGUCUGGACCAUUGUCGGAAACUUUGUGACCUUGGCUAUUUGUAUUCCAGCUUACUACGAUUUCAAAGACGUUGUUGACAACUUUAUGAACAUGAUUGGUUACUAUUUGGCCAUUUACCAAGCCAUUGCUUUGUCCGAACAUUUCAUUUACAACAAGAACAACUUUGGUGCUUACGACUACGAAAACCACAAGGAUCCAAAGUCGCACCCCUUGGGACUUGCGGGUACUUUUGCAUUCCUUGCCGGGGUUGCUGGUGCCGUUUGUGGAUUGAACCAGGUCUGGUACAUGGGUCCAAUUGCUAAAAAAAUUGGAGAUUAUGGUGGAGAUGUUGGUUUCGAGUUGGCCGCUGGGUUCUCCUUCAUCGCCUAUAAUAUUACAAGACCUUUUGAGAAAAAGUACAUUGGUCGUUAGAGAAUUGGUAUAGUUUUAAUAUAAUAAAAAGGGU